CUAUAAUCUGUUCUCUGCUUCCAUGCAGAUUCCUCCUCAUACCUAUCUCAUUUCACUAUUGCUAAAUCAUUCCAUCAUUUCAACUUGUAUCCAGGAGCAAGAAAGAUCUCAGGUUCAGCAUGAGUCUGAACUCUGAACUCUGAAGAAGUUGUUGUCUUCAGUAUGAGUCUGAACUCUGAAGAAAUCAUCUCUCAGACAAUCUCAUUCUCAUCACAGCCAAGUCUCCCUUCCUUUGAGCAAUCCUGCAACUCCAGCUCCAGCUCAUGCCACUACCAGUGCGUUGCCACGCUCGGAGGCAGCAACUCCUACAUCUCCGGCCUCGCCGUCGACGGCGACUCGCUCUAUGUCGCCUCGUCGGACGGGCACAUCAGGCUGUGGCCGCUGGACAUGGCCAUGCGGCAGGAGUCACAGAGCGAGGUGUCCGGCUCCACCGUUGCCGUCACCGGUAGCUCGGUGAAGUGCCUUCUGGCCAUCGGCAAUGGGCUCGUCAGCUCGCACCAGGACGGCACGAUCAGGGUGUGGCGGCACGCCGGCGUGCGGCGCCUCGCCCUGCGCGCCGUGCUGCCGACGACGGCGGACUGCCUCCGCACGUUCCUGAUCCCAGGCAGCUACGUCGAGGUGCGGCGGCACAAGAAGCGCACCUGGGUGCACCACGUCGACGCGGUCACCGCGCUCGCGCUGUCCCCGGACGGCGCGCGCAUGUACUCCGUGUCGUGGGACCGGAGCCUCAAGGCGUGGCGGCUGCCCAGCCGCCGGUGCGCCGAGUCCGUGGCGGCGGCGCACGACGACGCCAUCAACGCCGUCGUGGCCGCGCCCGACGGGCACGUGUACACGGCCUCGGCGGACAGGACGGUCAAGGCGUGGAGGCGCCACCCGGGGCAGAAGAAGCUCUCGCUGGUGGGCACCAUGGAGCGCCACAGCGCGGCGGUGAACGCGCUGGCGCUCGGCGGCGCCGGCGGGCGGGUGCUCUACUCCGGCUCGUGCGACCGGUCCGUCGUCGUGUGGGACUGGGAGUCCGCCGCGGACGGGCGCAUGACGGCGACCGUCACACUCAGGGGCCACGCGAAGGCGGUGCUGUGCCUGGCCGCCGCCGGCGACGUGGUGUGCAGCGGGUCAGCGGACAAGACGGUGAGGGUGUGGAGGCGGGGAGCGGCGGCGGCGGCAGAGGGGUACUCCUGCCUGGCCGUGCUGGACGGCCAUGGCGGAGCCGUCAAGAGCUUGGCAUUGGUGAGCGGAGCAGCGGGAUGCGAUCACUGCUGCUCGUGCGACAUGGACGAGAGCUCGAGCUGCGGCUGCGGCCGCGCUGCUCUCGUCUGCAGUGGCUCGUUGGACUGUGACGUCAAGCUUUGGAGAGUGACGGUUUCCAGUUUGUGAUUUUAUUUUUCUUUUUUUUAUUUUUGUUUUUGAAGAUAAAAGUUUGUGAAUUUAGGAGUUUUGGUUUUUGAACCGGAGAAAGUUUGGAAGAAUUUUGUGGGAAUGGUCAAUUCACCUGAAAAUCCUGCGUUGCAAAAUAGCUCUCAACCAGUGUGCAAAACAAAAAUUGUGGAGCUCAAGUCAAUAGUCAUCAUGUUUGGAAUUCUGGAUUUGUGAGAUUGAGCUUUUACAUGGAAAACUUCCUUGGGUUCAAAACAUGGCAUUCUUCUGGGUUUAAGGAGAGCUUGGUGUUAGCUAGUUUUGAUUGGAUCCCUAGUUGGGACUUUGUCCAAAGUAGAUGUCGAUGUUUUUUGCUGCCCCACGUUGGAUAGUUAUGGGCUGCUUGUCUACUUCUUUUAGGAAGCUAUCAAAGGAUCAAAGCUGCACCUUGUUGGAACUUUGUUAGGUUGUUUCUCCACUUGUUUGUAUGGAUUUCAUGCUUUAGGUCUGUGGGAGAAAUUUAAUAUUCUGA